CACACCUGUCAAGCCAAGCAGAAAACUGAAUAUCCCAUGGGAAUCCUUUCCACAGGAAAUCAAACUGUCACUGAGUUUGUACUUCUUGGUUUCCAUGAAGUCCCUGGGCUGCACCUCCUGUUUUUUUCUGUGUUCACCAUCCUCUAUGCCUCCAUCAUCACAGGGAACAUGCUCAUUGCAGUGGUGGUGGUGAGCUCCCAGAGGCUUCACACACCCAUGUAUUUCUUUCUGGUGAAUCUGUCCUUCAUAGAGAUUGUCUAUACCUCCACAGUGGUGCCCAAAAUGCUGGAAGGCUUCUUACAGGAGGCCACCAUAUCUGUGGCUGGCUGCUUGCUCCAGUUCUUUGUUUUUGGCUCUCUGGCCACAGAUGAGUGUUUUCUGCUGGCUGUGAUGGCAUAUGAUCGAUAUCUCGCAAUUUGUCACCCUCUACGAUACCCACACCUCAUGGGGCCUCAAUGGUGCCUGGGGUUGGUGCUCACAGUCUGGCUGUCUGGCUUCAUGGUAGAUGGACUAGUUGUUGCUCUGAUGGCCCAGUUGAGAUUCUGUGGCCCCAACUUAGUUGAUCACUUUUACUGUGAUUUUUCACCUUUGAUGGUCCUGGCUUGCUCAGAUACCCAAGUGGCCCAGGUGACUACAUUUGUUCUCUCUGUGGUCUUCCUGACUGUCCCCUUUGGGCUGGUUCUGAUCUCCUAUGCUCAGAUUGUAGUGACUGUGCUGAGAGUUCCUUCUGGGACCAGAAGAACCAAGGCCUUCUCCACAUGCUCCUCUCACCUGGCUGUGGUGUCCACGUUCUAUGGAACACUCAUGGUAUUGUACAUUGUGCCCUCUGCUGUUCAUUCUCAGCUCCUCUCCAAGGUCAUUGCCCUGCUCUACACAGUGGUCACUCCCAUCUUCAACCCUGUCAUCUACACCUUGAGGAACCAGGAGGUGCAGCAGGCACUAAGAAGGCUUCUCUACUGCAAACCAACUGAAAUGUGACCUAAGAAGGAGGGCAGUGAAGAUUUUCUAUUUGACUGUCAGUAUCUUGAUUGAAAAGUCUCCCACAAUGGGC